UGUAGUGCUGCAGAAAGCAUAGUCCGCUAAUUUAGCUCUUACACGGGUACAGGAAUCUUCUGCGACCCGCUCAAACUCAGGGGCAGAGAGAGCUGUUUGUUUAUCCCGCCAGUUGCCCAUGCUGCCCUGCUGUGGUGUACGAGAGUACGGGGAGCUGAGCGGGCCUUCGCGCAGGCGCUUUUUAUUGUUUUGACUAAAAAUGCCGUCGGUUUCGAAAACGGCGGCGAGCGCUUCUGCUCAAACAGAGAAACCAACCCACUACACCUAUCUUAAAGAAUUCAGGACGGAACAGUGCCCGCUCUUCUUGCAACACAAGUGCACGCAGCACAGACCCUACACUUGCUUUCACUGGCAUUUCUUAAACCAGAGGAGACGGAGACCGAUCCGGAGGCGAGAUGGAACCUUUAAUUACAGUCCGGACGUGUACUGUACCAAAUACGACGAGACGACGGGGAUCUGCCCGGACGGAGACGACUGCCCCUAUCUGCAUCGAACUACAGGUGACACGGAACGAAAGUAUCACCUGCGCUAUUACAAGACUGGCACUUGUAUCCAUGAAACAGAUGCCCGAGGGCACUGUGUGAAGAAUGGGCUUCACUGCGCCUUUGCUCACGGCCCGCAUGAUCUUAGACCUCCAGUAUACGAUAUAAGAGAGCUGCAGGCACAGGAGGCUCUGCAGAACGGGCAGCUUGGAGCUGGGGAGGGGAUUCCAGACCUGCAGCCGGGAGUCCUGGCCAGCCAGGCAAUGAUUGAGAAAACCCUCAGCGAGGACCCUAGGUGGCAGGAUACCAACUUUGUGUUGGCAAACUACAAGACGGAGCAAUGCACAAAACCACCGCGCCUCUGUCGACAGGGGUAUGCCUGCCCACACUAUCACAAUAGCCGGGACAGGAGAAGGAAUCCGAGAAAAUUCAAAUACAGAUCAACGCCAUGUCCUAAUGUAAAGCAUGGGGAUGAAUGGGGGGAACCCUCAAAGUGUGACAGUGGGGAUCACUGUCAAUAUUGCCACUCACGCACUGAACAGCAAUUCCACCCCGAGAUUUACAAGUCCACAAAAUGCAAUGACAUGCGCCAAACAGGAUACUGCCCGCGUGGUCCCUUCUGUGCUUUUGCACAUGUGGAAAGAAUCCCCUCCACAGAAGAGACCAUGAGUUCGUUGCUUACUGUGAUGCAGAGUGGAUCCCAGUCCAAGACAGGCUCUCAACACUAUACAGACGGCACAGUUAACGACUAUGUCAACAGCACUACUAACAACGGACAAACUGGAAAUGUUUCAUGCUCUAGUAGUCCGACUGUAACAUCCAGCUCAGGAAGCAACAGUUCAUUAUCCCCUAUUGGACCCAUGAGCAGGCCCAAAUGCUUUACUAAUGGUAGCUUAUGUUCAGAAUCCACCACGUCCAAUGUAUCUUCUCCAACGUCUAACUACCCAAAAGCGCCUGGCUUUGAACGCGAGGAUCAGGCAAAGAAUAUGAAGAGUCACCCACUGGACAGUAAUCCGAAAUUAAAUGACCAAGAAAAACAGAACCUUAUUAGUGUAUUUUCAGUGGCUAACCCACUGGCUUCGAGUAUCACAUCCAGUAUUACUUCAAGUCUGGCCUCUAGUAUUGGCUCUGAUAAUUCCUCCCCCACGGCUUUGUCAACGAUGAAUGCCAAAGCUACCCCAUUCUACCCAGGUAGCAAUACAGUUGAAUCAGUAAUAGGUUCUGCUCUUGACCUGAAUUUUAGUGACAUAAACGUAGCAUUUCUUGAUAAAGAAUUGGAAGAACAAGAAAACGGUGACCUUGGAUUAAGGAAUCAGAGGUUAUUGGGAGGCUCCGCCCCAGUGAAUAUCCCCGGCUCUUUUGCUCGUUCCUCUUUGCACUGCUCUUCCUCCCUCUCUGCCUCUCCUCUGAGCUCUCUGUCCCAGUCCCUCUCCCAGUCACUGCUCUCCUCUGCAAUGGCUCCCCACCAGCAGCAGCCCCAGCCAGCCAAGUCCGAGCACGGGCUCCUGGGCACCUCGGCCGGCUCCUCUCAGAACUCCUUAGGUUUGAAUGGUGGCACCGGCAGUAUUUGGGAUUUUGGCAGUGGAAGUUUCUCUCCCACUCCAUCGCCUGCAGCUCCGGGCACCAGCACCGCUGAUCUGGCAAGGUUGCAAAAGGAACUGGACGAGGCUAAAAGGAAAAUGAAGCAGUGGGAGGAUUCGUGGCAACAGGUUAAGCAGGCUUGCAACGCCUGGCAAACAGAAGCCCAGGAAGCGAAAGAUCAAGCGAAAUCCGCUGAAGCCGAGAGGCUGCUCGCCUUCCAAAAGAAGGAUGAUGCAAAGCGCAAGCUGAAAAAGCUUCAGGAGGACUUCGAUGCAAUGUGUCGGUCGCCCAGCAUGCCCCUUCUGCGGAGUUACGGAGACAUCGACAAAGUCCCUUUACCAAAGCUUCAAUCAAUCCAGCGGCAGCUGAGAGCAGACUUGGACUUGAUAGACGGGGUGAUAUACCAGCUUCAGUCAAAGAAAUGUGUAGUAUGCCAAAAGCAUGACCGGUGUGUCGUUCUACAGCCUUGCCAGCAUUAUGUACUCUGUGAGAACUGCGCACCUAGUGAAACAGAAUGUCCUUACUGUAAGACAAAAGUCAUGAAGUGGUGAUGUAGACACAUUCAAGGUACUAUUUCUGGAUCCAGCCCUUUGAAAGAACUACUAGUAUAUUCUGCUAACAACAGUUUAAAAUCUAGCUUCUUUUUUGUGUGUGUGUUUCAGUAUUUCAUAUAGUAAUUCAAUUGAUAGGUAUAUUAGACAUAUUGUAAUGGCGUUUGACUGGUACAGCUGUGGGAAUUGAAUUUCCAUAUUAAUUUUCUUAAUAAUAAUAAUAAUAAAAUAAUAAUAAUAUUUUUCCUCGUAUUGGCAUUAGACAUUAGACCGAGUCCCACUUUUAUGAUCUGUAGAAAACUUUUUUUUUUUUUUUUCUUUUGGGGGGGGGGAGCGGUGCAGAUUUUUACAGAUAGGUUGAAAAGUUGGUUUUGCUUCCUGUUACCUAAUCACUUCCUGUUCCAUAGGUCAGUCUCAUGCCAAUUAUCUACUUGCAAUCAUACCAUGUGACUUGCAGCACGUGAAGUGAUUGGUUUCCAGAAAGUAAUCCCCAAGGCUGCUUUCAAAGACCCCCAUUAUAACUAAUUGGUGCUAAUCAGGGUUUGUGAAACCAGCCGAUUUUUAUUUUAUAGGAAAUUGAUUUUCAAAUCCUUGAUUUUAUCACUCAGUACCUGAAUGUAUCAGUCAAACACCCUUUUACUAGUUAUGUGAAGAAGUUUAAUUUCUUGUAAAAGCACUUUGUAAACCUGGGGAUUUGUUAUAGAUGAUUAUAGAAUUAGAUUUAAGCUGCUUUGUAGUAUUUUUGUUUGUUUUCGUUUUUUUUUCUCUAAAUAUGCUAUAAUAUGAAGCUUUGGUUGUGUACUGUGAAACUUGAUAGAAUAUUUAAUAUUCAAUUUCUUACUGUUAAAUCAUGGUAUAGUUAAAUAUAUUGUUAAAGAUUUCAUAUUCUUAAAAAAACAAACAAAAAACCCAUAGUACUUAUGAAAUAAAUAUGAAUAGUAUUGUUGAACUUGCUUAGGAUUUUUACAUUUUUUAAUUUCAACUUAAGUGCAAACUUUUAAUGCUUCUAAGCAUAAACCAGCAGUUAGAAUGAUAUCAUAAAGGCACAUAUGCUACCGAUGCAUUUAGGAAAUCUCUUGCCAUUUGUAGUUCCUGGUUUUCUUUUAUUCGUUUUGUUGGCGGAAUCUGUUUGCUGCAUGUACCAGACCCGUGGUAUUGCGUGGCUGUAUUUUCUUUAUAGAGACUUUGUUUUUUAGAACUCCUUGCCUCUUGAAACUGUUAUGAGCGUAUGUGAUACGUGGCCACUCGAACCAAGUGCCUUGCCUAAAAAAAAAAAAAAUAAUAUAAUAAUAUUCAGCUUCUGUAGGUAAUGCAAGAUUGCAGUUAAAUUGCUACAGUUGUGAACAAGCCAAAUCGAUGCAAACAAAGACAAAAUUGAUAAAAAAUAAAAUAAAAUUGUAGAUUGUUUUUUUCUUUUUUAUAAGGGAAAGAAAUUCUCAUGAUUUACUGAAAAAAGAAUCAUGAUUUUAACAGACGGCACAAAAUCAGAAUUGGGCAUGGUAAUAAGACUCCCAUUGCAUAGCAGGUGCACGCAUGAGCUUGUUAGUCAUACACUGGGUCUAAUCAGGCUCAUAGUAAAACCUGGAAUGGGUGAAACUGCUGUGCAAUAGGAGUCUUAUUUCCAUCCCUGAGAAUGUUGGUCAAGUGAUUGCUUGACCUGACGUCAAGCUUAAUGUCCUGUUUCCAUUUCCAGUUGGUUUGUCAGGCAAUGGUGCUUUGAUUUUUUGUUAUUUUAGAUUUUUUUUUUUUAGUAUCAAUAUCAAUUAAAAAAAGAGACUAUCUUUACUUUAUCUGGUUAGGAGUAUGCAAUUCAGGAAAAAUGAAAAAAAAACCUUUACUGUAUGUGUGAGAACUGGCACUGUUUGCUAAACUUUUGAUAAGUGAUGAUUCUCAGACUGUCCAUACAGAAGAGAUCAAUUAAUAUGUAAACUGUGCUGUCAAAUACGACCAUGUAAUGUGCUUAGGUUAAACCAAUUUAAAUGACCUACUACUGUGUUCACAAGAUGUGUUUGUGUUCAUAUUCUUUUAUUGUGUAUAGCUCCAGUCCAUUAACAUUUACAGCAACGAGUAUGGUUAGCAGAAAACAUUUUGUGCUUAAGUUAAAGUUUACAAUCCGACUUGCUUAAUGCUGUGCUGUGGACGGGAACUGACUAAAUUAACAAAGCCCUUGCAAUUUUCAUUUCUAAAAUUUUCGUCCUGUAGAAAAGGGAAGGGAGUGUUUGUCUACCAAUAGCCUCCUUCGAAGGGGUUUGUUCAGAAGUUAAAAUGCAUAUAUAUAUAUAUAUAUAUAUAUAUAUAUAUUAGUAGUAGUAUUAGUAUUAUUAUUUAUUUAUUUUUUAAACCAAAGCGGUCAACUUUUGUUGCCCAUCUUCUGUAUUAAUUGAAAAAGAAUUAUAUAGAAAUAAAAAGAAUCACUUACAGUAAUUUUAUGUAGAGGCCAUUUUGUUUCCUACAUGGACUAAAGAGGAAAGAACAAUUUAAACUGAUUUGCUUUUGCUGACAAUAUUAAUGGACUCGAUCCCAUCUGUAGUUUUUACCAAAGACCUUUGCUGUUCGAGAAUAACCUUUUGUUUGUUUAACAUUCCGAGACAUUCUAAGCAAGAAACAGCUAGAAAUGAAUUUGUUUGAAAAAUGACCAAACUUAAUAUUGUGUUAAAAUUAACUUGAGUAUUUAUAAGAACUGUAUAACAAAACAUGCUUUUUUUCAUUUAAAAUUAUAGGAUAUGUUUAAAGGUAUAAAUGUUGAAUUCAAACGUUUCAACAACUGUAUCCAAGUUGUAGUGAAGGAUUGUUCAAGAAGUGAAUGACAGUUGUGUUUGUAUUCUUAAGUGGCCAUAAGGAUCAAUGGUUUUUUUUAAAAGUACUUAAUGAAUACAGUAGUGCAGUUUUUCUCUCUUUUCUUGUGUGCUAAACUGUCACUUAUUGUAAGCCUUCUUCUCUAUUUUGCAUAUUAAUAGUUAUGCACAACUAUUUGCUGUCAGGAGUGACUGUAUUUGAAAUGUAAGGUGGGUGUCUUGGGUCUCCACUUGGCUUGUUUUAAACAUGGCUUGUUACGCUAUUCACCUCCUUGAAAUAAAAAGAAUAAACUGGCGAAAGAGUGUAAUUGAUUGGGAAAUAAAAAAAAAAAAAAAAAAAUACAAAAGCACGCAUCUGUAGCUGGCUGCAUUGCCGUAGUGUAUCUUGCCCCUGCGCCUUGUAUUUCAGCCCCUCAAACCUACCGUCUGUAAUCCACCAGCUGAGAAUCACAGACCCACUGUGUGGCUGUUAACUGUGAUAUCGACACUUUCUCAUAUUGGUCGUAACUCUUUAAAUGAGCCAAUAUUGUCAGCGCUGCAGCCAGUGAUAAUGUAUCGCAGUAGGUGUUUGCAUGCACUGUGAUUUGUUCACACAACACUCUACAAGUUCCAGAUCAGCCUAUUGCAGCAUUUGGAAAUGAUGACAGUGUAUUCCCCAGUCCUGAAAGGAUGCAACAAAUCCGUUUUUAAGAGAAACCGAAUGGAGACCAAAGAAAUGCACUAGUAAUGGAACAUCAAUGUAAGCAGCUUGUAACUUUAAUGGAAAAGUUCUAGAAGGUCUUAGGCUUCGUUAAUCUCUUAUAUUUCAUUUUGAUGUAUACGUCAAACAAUAUAGACUUAAGUGUGUACUUUUAUUUUUUAUGCAAUUCCUUGUUAAAAAAACACGAAUGACUAUAUUUAUGCAUUGGAUGGAAUUUACCAAGAAUUUUAAAUAGAGAUAAAAUACAAAGUAUUAAAGUAAAAUAAAAACCAUACAUUUAUUGAAACAGAUUUUGUAUUUUUGAGAAUUGCUUGGGAAACUUUUUAUAAUGUCAAAAAAAAAAAAAAAAAAAUUAAA